AUGAGAACCCAAAAUGAAUCAGAUCUCGAGAAGGGUACAGAUAAUGAAGAACCUAGAAAAGCUGCUGGAUUCGAGGUGUUGACUGCCGACCGAAAUGAAGUCAUUAUUCUGUUCCCAACCAAAUACUACAUGCUCGGAAUAUCUGCAGUGAUACUGAUUGUAUCUAUUGUUUGUUGGAUUUUAACAAAGAUUAUUUACGAAUAUUUUGUUUGGUCGGUCUUCUCGAUGUUGUCAAUUGGAUUGAUCAUUUUCUUGCCAGAAUACUUCUCGAAUAUCAUCAACUUUGCCAUUCAUCUUUGCUAUUGGAUUGCAUUCUCUCUCUACGUAUUUGUGAAGAUCCUAAUAGUCAUUGGUAACAAGCAGGACACAAUUGAAAAAAUUAAAGCAGCAAAACCUAACCCGGCUGAACAGAAAGCUGUUAUUGCUGAACUGGAGACGUUAGUCUCGUAUGUGCUUGGAUGCAGUUUUGUCAUUCUUAUCCUCGCAAUUUUGGUUACCUUGCUCAUCUUCCGCUUUUUGUUCUUCUACUACAAAAACCGCUGA